UCAGCACUUGGUAUUGUCGCACCCCGAGAGCUGUUUAUAACCGAAAAUUUCAAUUUUACUCUUAUUGUUGGGAAGAGAUGACGAAAUUCACGGAUUUGCAGAUAAUUUCCCUGAUAAACUAACCUGUUUUCGGGGGGGAAGAGCUUCUUUGGAACGGGACAACGGGAGCAAGUGGAUUUUUAUAUCUCUACGUUGUGUUGGGUUCGUGGCACUUCUAAGAAACUUCAAGGGGCGAACAUAACCUCAAUUUCACGAACACGAAGAACAGAGGAAUCGGAGCGAGAAGAGGGAAUGGGAGGAACGCAGACUGCGGCAGACUUCAGAGUGCGGAAAUUUGUUUCGGAAAAUUGUGGGAAGAGUGCGAUAAAAUAACAAAAUUAGUGAAUAAUAGUGUUGAGGGGGAAUUAUGAAGCUGUUGACGCAUAAUAUGCUGACGUCGAAGUGCCUCAAAGGGGUGACUGUGGGGUAUCCCCUUGGCAUUGUGGCAAAAGACAUAAAAGUAUCCGAAGUAGAUUUCAAUUCCGAAUUCAUAGCGAGGAUAAUUCCAAAACUGGAUUGGAAUACACUAUGGAAAGCAGCCGAAAGUAUAGGGCACGUCGGUGAAUUACCCCAGACCCUCGUGCAAGAUUUCGAGGGGAAUGAAGAUUUUCUGAAGAAGGUACACCACGUUUUACUCGAGGUUGAAGUUAUAAAUGGAGAUUUACUUUGUCCUGAAUCAGGACGAAAAUUUCCCAUCAACGAUGGCAUUCCAAAUAUGUUGCUGAACGAGGACGAAGCCUAGAUGCAAUGUGAUCACUCCAGACCUAGCCCCUAAGCAUUCAUCAUCAUCAAAUAUAAUUUAUUUAAUUUCCAAUAAAACGUUGUGUUUGUUUAUUCAA